GAUCGGGAUGAACCUAUCAUCGGCAUCGCGAGAUGGCAACGAACGUCCGGCAAAAUGGAUCAUGGCGCGCGGGGGAAGAUGAUGACUGGUGCGGGGAAAGCGGGGUCGAGAAUCGCUUGCUUGCAAGCUCUAUCAUCGUCAUCUACAGUCUGCUGCUUGUUCUUUUGGCAUCAAGCCAGCGGGCAAACGCGCGGCUGGUUCGCUAUCCUCGUCAUUUUCCAGGCAGAGGAGAGGGAGAGGGAGAGGGAGAGGGAGAAGGAGAAGGCGGGCUGGGUGGGACACAAGCGAGGAGGGAGUUGGAAUGGUAUACUUCCUUCUUGAACUACUCGUCGACUGUGGACGAGAAGCAGGUGACUUCCGUUCCAGGAUUCAGCGGCGGCGAUCCUCCAUCUCCUCAUUACGCGGGAUACGUUCAUCUUAAGAGCCGGAGCGCGGUGAAUAAGACGGGGGGCGAAGGGGGGAGCGGGGAGGGGGGAGGAGGAGGUGAUACCAAGUCUCUGUUCUACUACUUCGUAGUCUCGGAGCGAUCGCCGAGUACCGAUCCCGUCGUCGUUUGGCUGAACGGAGGGCCAGGAUGCUCCUCCAUGAUCGGAUUCGCAACGAUCAACGGCCCCUUCCGAUUUGAAAAGCCACUCAACAACAACAACAACAACAACAACAACAACAACAAUUCGUCCGCGCCGCUGCCAAAGCUGUCCGUCAAUCCGUUCGCCUGGACCAAGGUGGCGAGCAUGAUCUAUGUGGACUCGCCAUUCGGAGUGGGACUGUCGCUGGGACCGCUGGGGGGGAACGACCGGUCGCCGAACGAGUCGCCGGUGCGGGACGACGUGCAGACGGCCCUCGACCUCCAUGCGUUCUUGCUCGCCUGGGUGGAAGCUCAUCCCGCCUUCAGCUCCAAUCCUAUCUAUUUGGGGGGAGAAUCGUACGCGGGAGUGUACAUUCCGAUGCUCGCGCUGACCAUCGUCGAGGGCACCGAUAGUCACGUCCUCCCUGCGCUCAAUUUGAAAGGCUACUUGAUUGGCAACGGCGUGGCAGAGUCCAAGGACUUCCUCGGCUUCGUCCCCUUUGGAACCGUUGAGGCGUGUCGUGGACUGUCGAUCAUCGACGAGGAGAUGUACCGGUGGGUGACAGCUGUGUGCGGCUCCAGAGAGACCUUGGGCGACAUCUGGCGCGCCUCCGACGAGUGUCGCUCUGCUGUUCGAAUGUUUAGCGAUGAUUUCCUUAACUACGCUACCUAUCUUAGGGUUGACAUAUACGAUACUCUAGGGCGAUGCGAGAACCAGUUGAGUAGCUUUUACGAUCGCAAGUACCGGAUUCUUGAGCAGAGGUAUAGAGAUAUCAAAGAGAACCGGACCACGGCGAUGGAUGUUUUGGGAGUGAUUGGCGCGGGGUCGAUCGCUAAUGCCUCAGAGUCUGCGAAUGGCACGACUUCUGCUUCUGCUUCGGCUUCGCCGCGGAUUGGUGGAGGCGGUUCGCGAAGUCUGGACUCCUUUUACUGUACGGAUUACAUGUGGCUUGGAGCCUGGUUUAACAAUGCCGAGGUCAGGAAGGCGAUAAAUGCGAGAGCUGUGGGGCAGAUUGGAAAUUGGACAGAUUGCACGGAGAACUUCAUGUACAGGCAAAAUGGAGGCAACAUGGUGCCGCUGCAUCGGGCCUUGACUUCAAAGUAUGGAUUGAGAGUGCUCGUGUACAGUGGAGAUCAUGAUCUCGUCGUUCCCACGGCUUCCACCGAGGCUUGGCUUCGGUGCCUUGGCUAUGCUGAAGCCAAUCCCGGAUCGCCCCUGUUGCAGAGAUGGACGGUUGGAGAUCGAACGGCGGGCUUGGCGCGCUUCUACGAGAACGGUCUGACUUUUGCUACCAUCAUUGGGGCCGGCCAUGCAGCGCCCGAGAGCAAACCGGAAGAGGCUCUGCACCUAUUCAGCUCUUGGAUUGAUAAAGCCGGUAGUUUUUCGCAAUGAAGAUGAAGGAGGACACAGGCUACUGCGAGAGAGCGGGUGGCUUUUCGUCUAAAAAUAGAUGCCUGACCAACCGAGCUACUUACUGUAGGCGGCUUGCUCCCCUCUCUUUCAUUCUGCAGUUGGGUGUAGCCAAGCAAUUUUAUUUAGCUCUUAGUACGAAAUCGAUUGAUCCCGCUCUCUUUUCUUUGCAUAUAUAUUUUUUAUUUUUUCCCUCUUUUUUUUUUCCCUUUCUUUUGUUUUGCCCUUACGAUUUUUUCGCUCUUGGACGGAUACAUAUGCCGGCAAGAACGACACCUCAACCAAAAUUUUCAGUGGUAGAAGAUGUUAGGCCGCAAUUUUUAUACUCAGUGGGUUAGGAAGAGGCCUGUUCCCCUCUUCUCUCUCUCUCUCUCUCUCUCUCUCUCUCUCUCUCUCUCUGUGCUUCGGUAGCGCAUGCGCGCGCGCCAGAUAGGACUUAACACUAAUCUCCCCGCAGCUUCUGAGCUGCCCCAAGGCUUUAGUACAAUUGUUCUCUCCCCCCCCCCCCCUCUCUCUCUCUCUCUCUCUGUGCUUAGGUAGCGCACGCGUGCGCCAGAUCCCCCCCCGCAGCUUCUGAGCUUUCCCAAGCCAAGGCUUUAGUACAAUUUUUUUCAGGUCUUGACUAAAUAAAGCCGGAGAAAUAUGGCAACGAAUGACACUGGGAUUGAAUUUUCAUGUCAUGGAUAAGUAUGCAAUGGUUAUAUUGCAGGGGUACGUUGAUUUACGAAGGUGAUCGAUGCUCUGAGGCCUACUUACUGGCUUCUAGCGAUGGCGUUUCACAGCCCGACCCGAGCAGGUUAUUACAUUCCGAAGGACCUGGUAGGGUUGGGCAUGUGCAGGCUAAGUUGUUGAGGAAAGACAUGGUACCAGAUAAAGUACCAGGGGCCAAGUCCCACUCGCAGCGUUGAAUUUCCUCAACGCCGGAAUCUCUCCGGACGUGUUUUGUGGAGGUAUGCAGUUGAGGAACCUCAACGCGAUUUCUGCACAAAAUCUCAAACACGUCCAGAUUCGGGUGUUGACUCUGUUGAGGAAACUCAAGGCUGCUAGUGGGACUUGGCCCCAGGUUUGGCUUGUGCGGACUAAAUUGAGGGAAGACGUAGUACCGGACAGGAGACGUAGUACCGGACAGAGUUUGGCUAAGUCCAAAUGACGAAUCCGUAUAUUACCCGAGCUCGGGUGUGUGCGGGUCUUGCCCGCAAUGACGUAGAUGGGCACUAAUUAUUUAUUUAUUGAUCAUUUAUUUGUUUGUUUGCCAAUGGGUAAUUGGGCAGUUUUAGGGGGUAUUUGAGGUUAGCAAUGUUUUUUUUUCUCUUUUUUUUUUUUAUAGCAAUCUGGUAUUUUAAUUAACCUGGGUUCUCCAAUCAUUCCGUAACUUUCUGGGCUGUUAUAUUUAACAAUCUGCAAAUUAAUCUACGGCUGAUCAGAAGAGAAAUCGGAUGCAUCUCAAGACCAUCAAUUUGGCAGUUGAUUUGGGCCCGGCCAAGUGUGGAUAUACUCAAGGCCGUUGUCCCGUAGAAAAUGAGAAAAGAGAAAAUAAAGGCUGCAAUUUUCG